UGAAGAAAACAUUUGGUUCACAGGGUCUGAACCUGAUGAUCUGUCGACAGACUCAAAGUAUUCUGGUCGUGUGACUCACAGUUGCAUUUGGAAGAAGUGCACUCUGAGAAUCUCAGACUUGAGAGAGAGCGAUUCAGCUGAGUACAAGUUCAGAUUCAUAACAAACCAAGAACGUGGACGUUUUACUGGUUCACCUGGAGUCACUCUGACUGUCUCAGUUCACUGUGUAGAGGUUAAAACAUAUUCAGGAUCAAGCUGGGCAGAGGUGAAGUGUCAGAGCAGUAGUCGUCUAUCUGCUCGUUCCUACGUCUGGUACAAGAAUGGAGUGAACAUGAACAAAGACACUUAUUCAAUUCAACAAUUCUUUGAUUGGGGAGACAGUGUUUCCUGUGCUGUUAAAGGAUCUGAGAAGUUUCCCUCUCCUCCACAAUGUGUCCUUCGUCAAACCUGUAACAAAGUGACUUACACUGACAGAAGCAUCUGUGCCAUCAAAGGUUCAUCAGUGGACAUUUCCUCCACAUACAGUCAUUAUUAUUAUUCUGUUGAGUCAAAGUUCUGGUUCCGUCCUGAUCGUAGUCGUCAGAGGAUGAAUCCCUCACAGCCUGAGGACCUGAGUAAAGACUCCCAGUAUUCAGGUCGUGUUCAGGUCCUUGAACCAGAGACAGGAAGAUCCACUCUGAGAAUCACUAACCUGACAGAGAGUGAUUCAUCUGAGUAUCACUUCAAAUUCGAGACACCACGGUUUGAAUGGAGAAGUGUUUUACUUGGAACAACUCUGACUGUCACAGAUAUUCAGGACAUCCAGGUCAAGAAAAGGGCCAAUGAGCAAAAGCUGGACUGCAUCGUCACUUUCAACAGUUGUCGUCCAUUUGAUCUUUCUUACCUCUGGUACAAAAAUGGAAUCCAGGAGAUCAGAGAAACGUCUGGAAGUUAUGCAGUUUCAUACAACUAUGGAGACAGCUAUUCAUGUGCCUUAAAGGGAUACGAGGAGUUUCACUCUCCUUUAACAUGUUUUUAUGGUCAAACCUGUAACAAAGUGACUUACACUGACAGAAGCAUCUGUGCCAUCAAAGGUUCAUCAGUGGACAUUUCCUGCAUAUACAGUCAUUAUUAUUAUUCUGUUGAGUCAAAGUUCUGGUUCAGUCGUGAUCGUAGUCGUCAGUGGAUGAAUCCCUCACAGCCUGAGGACCUGAGUAAAGACUCCCAGUAUUCAGGUCGUGUUCAGGUCCUUGAACCAGAGACAAGAAGAUCCACUCUGAGAAUCACUAACCUGAGAGAGAGUGAUUCAUCUGAGUAUAACUUCAAAUUCAAGACACCACGGUUUGAAUGGAGAAGUGUUUUACCUGGAACAACUCUGACUGUCACAGCUCUGCAGGUGCAGGUGACCAGAAUAAUAUCAGUCCAUCAGUCUCAAACUGAGGCAGAGCUCAAGUGUCUCAGCAGCUGCAGUCCAGCUGGUUGUCUUUACGUCUGGUUCAAGAACCAACAGAGAAUCAGGACACAGCAAACUUCUACUUUGACAGACAUUUUUUCUCCUGGAGACACUGUCUCCUGUGCUUUCAGUGGACAUGAGGAUUACCGCUCUCCUUCAGUCUGUCCUUCAAAGUUUUCACCUGUAUCAGUGAGUCCAUCUGGUGAGAUAGUGGAGGGUAGUUCAGUGACUCUGACCUGUAGGAAUGAUGCUAAGCCAGCAGCUAAAUACACCUGGUACAAAGGUAACCAACCACUUCCUCUGGGACCAGGAGGUAUUUAUCAUUUCACCUCCAUCAGCUCUGAGGACAGAGGGAUCUACUACUGCAAGUCUGAGGAUCAACAGUCUGUGUCUGUAUUCAUAGACGUCCAGUAUCUCUACAUUGAAGAUGGGUGUAAGCAGCAUGUGGUGAAGUGUGAGAGCUGA